UCGUCGAGGACGGUUGGGUCCUUCGCCUAGAGCCAAGAGCAGGUCCGUUGAUCAAGCCCAAGGAUGAACCCAGGAGACGCCCAAGCGAAAACGAGUGCGACACGAUGACAUUACCGAGUCUUCCUCACUGUUCAUCAACUUCAUUGUCAAGACUUCCGCCGGUUGCAACAUCCCGGUGAUGAUGUCACCAGUCGCCACCAUUGCAGACCUCAAAUCUACCUUAGAGGCCAAAGGUGUCCCCUACCCUUCUCACCAAAGAAUCGUUUUCCGUGGCCUGGACCUGGAGGAUGACAAAACCUUGAGGGAAUACUCCGUCACCGACAACGACAUUCUCAAUCUGUUUCCCGACAUAAUUGGUGCAAAGUCGGCAAUCUAUCUCUUGUCACCAACCCAACUCAACAACGUCUAUGUCGAGUUCGAGCUGUCUCCCUAUUCUUGGACCUUCAAUACACUCUACAGAGGGGCUUAUGUCUCCUGGCAGGUUUCUGUCAAGCCCGAUGGCACUCUGAAGAACACCGCCACCGACAUUGACUGCAACUGCCUGGUCUGGGAGGCAGAAGCCUGGAUUGAACGAUCAUCCGCAGUCACAGAGGCUCAUUUCUUCAACCCCCGAAACCCUCUUGCAUACUUUGCCGACAACUGUGUCCUGUCAUUUGACAACUUCGUACCCUAUCUCUACCGGGCUCUUGCCAGCCUCACCCUCACUUCGGCAAUGCGAACCGAAAUGGUCGUUUACUGGCUCCCCAAGUUCCAGUCAAUUCGCUCAAGAGGUCUUCAGAUCGCCUUCAACUUCAUCCCGCAGACCGAUUUUGAGAAAGCGGGCAAGUUGACUGUCACUCCUGGCCCUAGCAGUGUCGCCAGAGUCUUUCUCGUCUUCAGAGGCGUAGUCGUUAGCAAGAACGCAGAGAAUCACGCGGAACUGGAUGCGUUGGACUGGCCCAGCAAGAUUGGCAUUGACGUGGAGGGCAUGAUGAACCAGAGCAAGUUCCGCGUCAUGGAGUGGGGAGGCAUGGAGGUGAACAUGGGCUAGAAUGAUUGGGAUUCACUGCUGCCUUCCAGAAUGGUACACCUGGUGCCUCAGGGUGGGUCAACCGUCAAGCAAUAGCAGGCUACUGCGCUUCGAGCUCGACAUAUGAACAUACCUGCGAUGGGAAAUCCUUAUCAUCACGAGGUCUAGUGAGGGAAGUUAGGGAACAGGUCAAUAGAUCCGCCCAGGAAAUCAGCACGUCUUCUGCAUAUCAUGAACUCAGAAGCAUGUGAAAGUUCGUGUUCCACCCUGUAAAGUCUCCACCGCCGUAUGGUAUCUUCAAUUUACAACAUCAUCCUGUUCUAGUACGAGUGGCAGGAAAGUUCAGAAGAUGACAGCUAUCCUUUUUGUUUCUGGUAA